AUUUUGGAAAACAUGAGAACUCUUAUAGUUAUUGGGUUGGUUUACCUUUUCGUUCUACUUGUUACUGGGACAUCUCAUUCCCAUAACAAGAAAAAGCAGCAUAAACGAAGCGAAGUUGAUAAUGAUGUAAAUGGGGAACUUGAUGAAACCCCAGAAGGAUUUGAAGAACAUAUUAAAAGACAUGGAGCAUAUGGUGGGUAUGGUGGACCUGGAGGUCGACCACCAUAUGGAGGAGGAAGGCCACCAUAUUGGGGAGGACCUGGAGGGAGACCACCGUAUUGUUGCCCUUGCAAUAAUACCAACACUAAUAAUAACACAGUAUUCUAAAUUGGAAAAUUAACCUUGUGUACUGGGAUGGUAUUAAUAACUUAAGACGUCUUAUAUUCUGUAAAAUCAUUAAUUAAAAAGCAUUUAAAAAUCUAA